GAAGCUACAGUUCAAUUGUUGAAGCUGAAAAAGAUACCAAUCAAUGGAUUAGUGUCAGGCUUAGGUCAAAAGGAAUCUUUGAGUACAAAGUCCAUGGUCUCUCUGUCGAUUCAAUCGAGAGUAGAUCCUCAGUUCAAAGUGGAACUCAAAGCUUAUGUUUUGAGUAACAUUACGUCUUAUCUUCCAGAGAGACACGUAAAGUCAAUCGAGUGGGUUGAUUUACAGGCUUUGCCCUUAGCAGACCCAAAGUUCAAUGUUCCUAAUAAAAUAAAUCUUUUAUUGGGAGCAGAUAUUUAUAGUACAAUACUCAAAAAAGGUAUCAAAAAGAGUCCAUCAGGCACGUUGUGUGCUCAGAACACCACACUGGGAUGGAUAAUAUCUGGUGUAGUACAACCUGAGAAGGCAAUAAAGGACAAUCCAACCCAUAUUAGCGUUAUGCACGCACAGAUCAAUAGCGAUGAAAUUCUCAAAACAUUCUGGGAAAUUGAAGAGCAAACACCGAAGUUAAAGAAAAUUCUAACAGAGGAAGAGCAAAGGUGUGAGGAUUUAUUCAAAGCUACAACCACUAGAUCAAACGAUGGCCGUUACGUCGUUAAAUUACCAUUUAGAGACGAAUACCCUGCUUGCAAAUAUGGCGAUUCACGAUGCAUUGCGAUAGCUAGAAUGAAAUCGUUAGAAAAAAGGUUUGCAAAGGAUAAGGACUUGAAAAAAAAGUACACAGCAGUCAUAAAUGAAUAUAUACAAUUAGAUCACAUGAGGAAGGUUGAAGAUCAGGACACAAAAAAGGAAGAAUCAGUCUAUCUACCGCAUCAUGCUGUCAUUAGAAACGACAAAUCCACUACAAAGGUUCGUAUAGUAUUCAAUGCUUCAGAGAAGAAUAAAAACGGUGUCUCUCUGAAUGACACGCUGAUGGUUGGACCUACACUACAAGCAGACUUACGUCACUUAGUAAUGCGAUGGAGAGUCCAUCCCAUUGGCUUUGUCGCGGACAUUAUUAAAAUGUAUCGACAAGUCAGAGUGACAAAUGAAGACGCAAGUUACCAACGUAUAGUCUGGAGAGAUGAUCCUGCAACAGAGAUAAAGGAUUACGAACUACUUACCGUGACCUUUGGUACAGCUUGUGCUCCACAUCUCGCAGUCAAAGCCCUACAACAAAUUGCACAUGACGAAGGACAUAACUAUGUUCUGGCUGCGGAUAAAGUCCUGAAAGAUUUUUACAUGGACGACUUAAUGACAGGGUGUAGCAGUGUAAAUGAAGGCAUAGAAAUCUAUAAACAAAUAUCACAAUUAUUAGAGAAAGGAGGUUUCAAAUUACAGAAGUGGAAUAGCAAUAGUAAGGAACUUUUAAUGGAAAUAAACUCGUUAGCUGAAAAAAGAGAAGAUCAAGAAUGUGCUGAAAAGGAAAGUAAGGACAAACAAGAAGAUAGGAAAAAGGACAAUAAAGGAAAGGAAAUAGAAAUCAAACUAGAUAAUACUACAAAAAUACUUGGACUUACCUGGAAUCGCAAAGAUGACAGAUUUCAAUACACGGUGAAUCUUCCUCCGACGUCUGGACCUGCAACUAAAAGAACAAUUAUUUCAGACAUUGCACGACUUUUUGAUCCACUAGGAUGGAUAGCACCUAGCGUAGUUAUAGCAAAGAUUUUCAUUCAAAAGCUGUGGCUCACAGGGCUUGGAUGGGAUGAUGAGUUAAGCGAUGAAUUGGUAAAGGAAUGGAAUACUUACCGUCAAGACUUAUCUGAACUUACCAAGAUAGAGAUCCCUCGAUGGAUGAGUUCACGUUCUGAUGAUGCAGUUAAAGAAUUACACGGCUUCAGUGAUGCGUCCAAGGCUGCGUAUUCAGCUGUCGUCUAUCUAAGAGUGGUUGAUGCUAAUGGAGGAGUGCACACCUCGCUGGUUGUAGCCAAGACCAGAGUGGCACCAAUAAAGCAAAUAAGUAUCCCGAGACUGGAGCUCUGCGGGACUGUGCUUCUUUCAAGAUUGCUGCUGGAAGCUGCUGAAAUUUUAAGUAUCCCCAAGGACAAUAUAUGGGCCUGGACUGACUCAACAGUCGUUCUCGCAUGGCUAAACAGCCAUCUGAGUCGAUGGAAAACCUUUGUAGGAAAUAGAGUGUCCGAAGUGCUGACCUCUUUGAAUUCCUCGCAAUGGUUUCACGUAUCCACCAAGUUAAACCCAGCGGAUUGCGCCUCGCGCGGAGUACUACCUACGGCUCUGGUUGAUGACUCGCUGUGGUUUUCCGGACCUCCAUUUCUGAGAGGACAGACCAUCCAGUACAACAAACCGAAGGAUUUGAACGUAACGUUAGAAGAAUCAGUUAAGGUUCACAUCACAACAGUUCCAGAACAGUCAAUCUUUGAAAGAUUCUCCUCUCUGCAACGGAUGUUGAGAGUGUUUGCUUAUUGCAGACGAUUCUGGAACAAGGACAAAGAAAAGACAAAAUAUUUACAGAAGAAAGAAUUAGACGAAGUUUUACGAAGUUGUAUAAAAGUCACACAAAAAGAACACUUUGAGUGUAAUCAACACUGAAGAACCUGGUGAUCCUUUGCCGUUAACCCCUGGUCACUUUCUGAUAGGUGAACCACUUCUUACGGUUCCUGAGGACACCUAUGAGAGCGCAAACAUUAACUGUCUUUCUAGAUGGCAAUUCAUUCAAAGGAUGUUAUCCUCGUUCUGGAGACGUUGGUCCUCUGAGUAUUUAAACACUUUGAUGCAAAGAUAUAAGUGGGCAUUGAAAACUCCUGAACCUAACGUAGGAGACGUGGUUCUCAUUAAAGAAGAUGAUUUACCUCCAAGUCGCUGGCUAAUGGGUAGAAUUAUUGAAAAACACCCGGGUCGUGAUAAUCUCACUCGUGUAGUCACGUUACGCACCAAGUCAUCUAUUC